GUUGUACUCCAAUGAUUGAAACAGUCUUGGCAGACGCGAAAGAAAGGUGCAUCACGUGAACCGCGUUUUUCGGAGAUAACGCCGCAAGAGCAUUGUUACUUUAUACCCAACAUUGAUUAUUUUCAUACUCAAGGCGAUCUAAGAAAAGCUUCAUCAGAGAAAUACAGAAGGAUUGACACACGCACCGUGUAAGACCGACUCAACGCGCAACAUCCAGAAUUGUACAACACACAUCCGGCCCAACAUCAAGCAACACCCACAUCAAACCCAGCAACAAUCUACAACGCAAACUAUACCCAUAACCACAUCCCCCAAUAACCCAAAACACCUAUCGCAACUUCCACCAUGUAUGGUGAACUCGGCAACAAAUUAGUCCAACACGCCAAACGCACCCAAUCCCUCGCCCACCUGCCCCCCUACCAAACCGAACUCGUUCGCUCCGUCGCCCGCGAAGUUCGCGAUCUCGACCGUGAUGUCAACCACCUCCUAACCCCAUUCUCCGGCUCCUUCGACCCAUCCCAACAGCCCGCAAUCGCCUGUGCCCUUCUAGUCGACCACCUCUGCAUGCGCCGCAACAAGCGCUGUCUCCUCGCGUACCACCGCGUGCGCACCGAAAAGCUCGAAGAACUCUGCUGGACGGGCAUCGACGUCCUCGAGCAGCAGGCACCCCCGGCCGCGGAGGACGGUACCCAGCCUGUUGCGAGCUCGCAGAGCGGGAAUCAUAGCUCGUUGAGUCCCGAAGAGGAAGAGUAUUUUCGGCAGUAUAGUGAUUUGUUGGCGGCGUAUAAGGGGCAGUGGACUGAUGUUGAUCUUACGGGGGCGUUGGAGCCGCCCAAGGAUUUGUUUAUUGAUGUUCGGGUCCUUAAGGAUGCGGGGGAGAUUCAGACGGAGUAUGGGGUUAUUAAUUUGACGAAGAAUAGUCAGUUGUAUGUGCGGCAGGGGGAUGUGGAGCGAUUGAUUGCGCAGGGGUUCUUGGAGCGGUUGAGUUGAUGGUACGUUUGUUUUUGGUUGGAAUGAUUGAUUUGCGAAUGUUUUUAUGUUCAUGAUACCCAUGGAGAG